UCAGAAACCCGAUAUUAAGAGAACAACUAAAAAUCAAUCAGAAUUUAAUAUAUAAAUCGGAAAUUAGAGAAGCAGAAGCUUUUGAGUGGGCGGUGGCAAAACCGCUAGCUUAACUGCCACCAAACCAGAGCGGGAGAGAGAGAGAGGCACAGCAAGCAAAAGAGUAGGAAUUUGCAGUGCAAGAGAGGAUUCACCGGAAAAAGGAGGGAUUUUUUAAAAUCCCCCUUUUUACAAUCCGGAAUUGUAAUUUCAGGGGGUGUUAUUCUGAAUCGAGAAUUGAAUUGUGCCAAAACCCGGUUCGGGUUUUGCAUGAGAAGGAAUUUGUGUGAAUUGGGAUUAUUGAAGACACUGCAGUAAAAGAAACUUGAGGGGAAACCAUGGAGAGGAUUUUGGCGGCAGUGCAAGUGGUGAAUCAAGCGGGAGGGGAAUCGCUACUUGGGACAAUCAAGAUCGCCGUGCUUCCCAUAGCAAAGGUUUUUACUGUCUGCUCCUUGGGGCUUCUAAUGGCUUCCAAGUAUGUGAACAUCUUCCCAGCCAGUGGAAGGAAAUUGUUGAACGGGUUGGUCUUCUCGCUCUUGCUUCCAUGUUUGAUAUUCUCUCAGCUUGGACAAGCCAUCACCCUACAGAAAAUGCUUGAGUGGUGGUUUAUUCCCGUGAAUGUCGUGCUUGGUAGCACUACAGGCUCCAUAAUAGGUUAUAUUGUUGCAUCCCUUGUCCACCCACCGUACCCUUUCUUCAAGUUUACAAUUGUACAAAUUGGUAUAGGAAACAUCGGGAAUGUGCCACUGGUUCUAAUUUCAGCUUUAUGUAGAGACCAAUCGAACCCUUUCGGUGAUUCAACCACAUGUAAAACAGAUGGGACUGCCUAUAUUUCAUUUGGCCAGUGGGUUGGUGCAAUCAUUCUAUACACGUAUGUAUUUCAAAUGCUGUCCCCCCCUCCAGAAGGUACCUUUGACAUUGAGGAAAAAGAACUCCCAAUCAAAAGCCCUCGAAAUGGCACGACACCUGAUCAAGUUCCAUUGCUUACACCUGACGAAAAUGAAGAAGAGACAGCACGCAAAGAAGAGGUUGCAGAAACUGAGUCGAAUGCUUCAAAUAAGCCUAAGAUUACAAAGUUCUUCGUAUUCAUCUAUGAGAAGUUGAAGCUCAAACAAGUUCUUCAACCACCUAUAAUAGCUUCUAUCCUGGCCAUGGCACUUGGAACCAUACCAUUUUUAAAGAAAUUGAUCUUUACAUCUGAUGGUCCACUUUUCUUCUUCACCGACAGCUGCAUUAUCCUUGGGGAAGCCAUGAUUCCAUGCAUUCUGUUGGCGUUAGGUGGCAACCUUGUUGAUGGUCCAGGAAGUUCCAAACUUGGUCUACGAACAACUGCUGCAAUUAUAUUCGCACGAUUAGUCUUGGUGCCCCCUGUAGGACUUGGCGUUGUAAUGUUAGCUGAUAAGCUCGGCUUCCUCCCUGCCAAUGACCAGAUGUUCCGGUUUGUCCUGCUGCUUCAGCACACAAUGCCUACAUCUGUCCUCUCUGGUGCUGUUGCAAAUUUAAGAGGCUGCGGAAGAGAGGCAGCUGCCGUCCUGUUCUGGGUGCAUAUAUUCGCCAUCUUCUCCAUGGCCGGUUGGAUCGUCUUGUACCUCAACAUACUCUUCUGAAAAGAACUUGCAAAAGUUGUUGCUGUGCCACUCACCCCUAUCUACCUUCUGCUAUUGAUUUUCCGACAGUCGAUGUUAAUAGUUAAACUUGGAAAUUGUUCGUUCGUGUACAAUGCAAGGUGUCGACCUGUUUCACGGUGAACUGAGCCGGAGGAAGGAGCAUCCCGCCCGGCCGUGAAUUUUGUCAUGACAGCUGCCCUUGUGUCCGUUAAUAUUUCAAGUCCGUCAAGGGCUGCUGUCGUCUACAUUCAGCAGGGGACUGUGUGUUUUUACUUUUCCAAGGAUUAACGGGGGCAAUUUAGUCCCCGAACUGGUUGUAAAGUGGAAGCAAUUAUUUUUUUAUAAAAUUUUACAAAUUAAGCAA